GCUGGAUUGAUCGCCCCUGAUCGCCUGCCUGCCUUGGUAUUAUCGCUAUGUCUCACGAGGAGUCACAAAUGCCAACAACCUCAGCUUUUCAUGCUGAAAAGUAUGAAGUUUUGCUACAAACAAUGCGGCAGCGCGCCGGUUCAAGAAAGAGGCGCGAAUGCUUUUCAAGCGAUACGGUGCAUCAAUCUGAAAUCACCGGUGAGAGCGAAGAAAAAUUGGAGGAAGACACAGAACAAGAAAGUGUGGACACCAGUGAGGAGGGAGACAUACAGAGCAAAGAAAAGGAGGAUCGACUUGGCAAGAAUGACUGGUGUCAAUGUUCUAAUUGUUCUGCAAUGCCAACUGUAAUAGAGUGCGUCUGUUGCCAUGAGGAGCCCCUGAUUAAAGCCCUAAUUCCAGACGACGCUUCAUGUAUCAUUGAGUGGCACAGAUUUAAGACCGAUAUCAUUGAUCCAGAAAGAGUGGAUUGUGCCUUCAAGUUGACCAACUCUCAAAAGAAAAAGAAACCCAACAAAGCCGCAAACAUGAGGGCAAUCAGAAAAGCUGCCUAUCGCUGCUUCAGUGUGGGUAUACGGUUAUCUGGGGUCUGGGAUACGGAAGGUGAUACCAGCUUGUGUGGUGAAGGCUGUUACAGAAGCAUUCCCCGACCCAAAAGGAAAAUACGUAUUCUUUCUACAAGCCUGUGAUUUUGCAGCAGAGGAAAUUAUCUUUUAUUAGUAAAAAAUUAUACCCAACACUGUUGAAUAUUAUUUUUCAAGUUUCAGAUUUUUAUACUAGUUAAUUGUUUAUGACAAUUUUUGGAAGACAUAGUCAAUGACUGAAAUAGCAAAAGUAAAAAUUAUGUUUAAGAUUGAUGU